UAGGCGACGGACCUUUAACGGUGUAUUUCAAACUCCCGGUAUCAGAGAUAAGUGAAAUUGAUGAUCAUAAAUCGAUAGUAACUAUCCGACUGGGGUAUAAGCUACGUUGGCCUGAGUACAGAAUGUUAAUCAACUAUAGUUCAGAUUGGUCUAAUGGAGAGAUCAAUAUUAGCCCAGAGAACAUCAAGGCGCUGUGGAUCCCAGAUGUUAUUAUCCAUGACCUCGUGAGUUUCACGAAACCAGAAAUAUUAACGGAAGUUGCUGCGCUAGAGAUUUAUCAAAACAAACAUGUUUAUUACAAAAUUAGGAGUGAUAUAACUAUUGUUUGUCGGGCCAUGCAGUUUGGACAGUUUCCUUUGGACAGCCAUAAAUGCUACUUUUUGCUCAGCAGUUUUGGAUAUGAUGAUACCCGGAUGGUAUUGAGAGGGAAGUUUAGUUAUGACAAGACAAACCAAAGAGCUUUAUCCUUCAACGUAGAUCUUAUGGACUUACCCCCAGAGAGAACUUUGUUCGCGGGUGCUUCAAGCAACUACUCGAUGUACGGGUUUGAAAUCAACCUCUCCAGAUCUCUUGGUCCUUUUAUUCUCUCCGUUUAUCUUCCUUCAGCUAUGUUCGUGAUGAUGAGUUGGGUCUCAUUCUUCAUCCCACCGGAUGUUGUACCAGCUCGAAUAGUUCUACUGGUUACACUUUGUCUAGUCCUUAUCAAUAUGUUCAACUCUACUACGACCCGGAUCCCUGUAUCUAACACUGUAACUGCCCUUGAAGUCUGGUUAUUGGCUUGUAUGCUACUUGUAUUUCUCUCUUUGUUAGAAUAUGCUGUUAUACUCAGACAAAUAGUACUCUACAGAAGAAAGAGAGAGAAGGAUGGAGAGAAUGCGUACUAUAAUGGAACUGGGACUUCAAGCUAUACAACUAUAAACUAUGCCCCAUCUACAAAUAAGAGUUCCCCUGUCCGAUACUUUGCUGCUGCUACAGAGACAGAUCCCUGUCUUUCAUUAGAUCAAAUAGACAACGGACUGUUUGAGCGGAAAAAGAAGACGACAAGCAGGAAAAAAAAGCGUCGCACUAACUCUCUUAUCAAGAAAGCUCCAAAGAGAAUUAGGAGUGAUGAGGAGAGAUUAACGAAAUUUAAAAACACUUUGGAUCGCGGAGCAUUCCUUCUUUUUCCUCUUCUCUUCGUUUUAUUCAACUCUAUCUACUGGACCCUCUACCUUACUGUUAUUAUCACAAGGAAACAAGGAGCAUUCCAGGGCUCAGAUUAAGGAUUCCAGGGCUUAGAUUAGGGAUUACAGAGAUCAGAUAAGGGAUUCCAGGUCGCAGAUUAGGGAUUCCAGGGCUCAGAUUAGGGAUUCCAGGGCUCAGAUUGGGGAUUCUGUGCUUAAAAUAGGAAUUCCAGGGUUCAGAUUAGAAAUUACUGAACACAGACCCAGUGCGUUUUGUAUGAACAAAAUGAAUGGCCGGACUAGAAAUUCCAGGGAUUCAGAUUAGAAAUUUCAGAAAUUCCAACCAAAAUAUUCAAUAGCUCAGAUAAGAAAUACCAGGGCUUAAAUAUGAGAUUCUAGGACUCGCGAGGUACAACAAUUUACAGGUCAAGUGUAAUCGUACAUUUUAUGCAUUGCUUGUACCAGCCAGUCUAAUCUACCCAGUGUCUGGUGGUCCCAGCCAUGCUCAGGAGAGUCAAAGAAUCGGUUUAUAACCUAGAAUAUUUACAACUCAAGCAAGGUGAAAAAGCCUACACAAUUAAUGCCGGACUAAAGUAAAGUUUCAAGACUUAAUUAAAAUUAAGAUAUUUACCUUUACAGGGCACCUAAAAUAUUUUCGAAGCGGCACAACAUCAGAUAUUAUGAGCGAGCUAAUCAAUGUUAAAACUACUCAAGGAAACAAAACUGUGUCAAAAUAUUGAAAGAAAGACAUGUGAUGAGAGCUUUAAAUCUCCAAAGUAUUAAAAACAUUUAUUGUCAAGCAUUGAGUACCAAAAUUCGAAGAUCAAAAUGGACCUCGAAGAAAUAAUUGUGUUAAAUUUUCUGAAAAACACUUAAAGUAACCCCUCUAAGUAUCUUAACAUAAAAUCGAAAAUAAAAAUUAUGGAGAUAAAAAAAAAAAAUUGCAUCAUGCCUUAAUGGUGCAAAAAAAUAUGCUUUGAUACCGCCUCGAAAUUUUGAUCAUUUUCGAGCAAGGGACAUCUCACAAGUUUUAAAUUCUCUAAGAUUUUGGACAUAUCUUCGAACAAAAUCUUCCUAAUUUGUAAAAUAGUUUUUGUAAGAUCAAUACUUUGGUCAAAAUAUUAGAGUUUUUUCUAACAAAGAACUGCAUAGAGAGGUCGCUGAACUACCAUACAGGCGGUUCAAGUCCUGAAUUUUAGAUUUAAAUCCUCAUGAAUCUUUAACUUUAAAUUAAGGAUUUAUGUUUUGAACCGGUUCAACGAGCUAUUUAAUUAAUUAAAUUUGAUCCCUGCAUCUUGUAAAUAUAAUAUCAAUUCAUCAUUAGUAAAAAGAUAUAUUAAUAAAUUGUUAUGUGUAAAUACAAAAGUUUUUUUUCAAAGAAAACAUAUCACUGUAGAUAUAAUAUA